AUGCCGCUCGAUACCUCCACAACGUAUCCUUUGACCAAACUGCGCCUUGACGGUCGCCGCUGGAAUGAGCUGCGUCUAAUUCAAGCGCAGAUCUCGACCAACCCCGCCAGCUCCGGCUCUUCAUACUUGUCUAUGGGCAAUACUGCGAUCAUGUGUUCCGUCCAUGGCCCUGCUGAAGGCCGUCGUGGUGAGGCCAGCGGUUCCGGAGGCAGCGCAGGUGCCAUCGUCGAGGUGGACGUGAACGUUGCUGGGUUUUCUGGCGUGGAUCGCAAGCGGAGGGCGGGAGGAAGUGACAAACAAUCUUCGCGGAUCGCAACAACCCUACGCUCGGCCUUCCAAUCGCACCUCCACACCUACCUCUACCCGCACAGCACCAUUAGUAUCCAUGUCUCCGUUCUCUCUGCCGAUGGGUCUCUACUUGCUGCUGCGAUCAAUGCCUGCACCUUAGCCCUGGUGGACGCCGGUAUUCCCAUGCCCGGUCUGCUCACCAGCUGCACGGCUGGUAUGAGUGGCAGCGCCUCCACACCGCGGGAUCCUCGAAAUGAUGAGCUCGAUCCGCUGCUGGAUUUGUCACUUCCUGAAGAGCAAGAGCUGCCCGUGUUGACUGUCGGCACUACCACAUCGGUACCCGUGGGAGAAAACAACAUGGACGAGGAGGAGGGCGAUAUGAAGGUGGCCGUGUUGACAAUGGACUCGAAGCUGCACUAUUCUUAUAUGGAGACGAUGUUGGCCGUGGGAAUUGAUGGGUGUAACCAGAUUCGCGAACUGUUGGAGGGAGUGAUUAAAGGGUCGAGCCGGGCCUGA